UCAAUCUAGCUACUCGUCCAUAACUAUGUCUAUUAGUUGCGGUUGUAAGGGCAGCUAUGAUUCCUCUAAGCAUGCUACUCUCUUCCUAGUCAUCUUAUUAUUUAGCACGAGAGCAUGCUGUGAUGAUCAUCCACAUGCAUCUAAGAGGAUCAGUUGCUUGGAGAGUGAAAGGAGUGCUUUACUUGCCAUCAAGUCUGAUUUGUAUAACUCUGACCACUGGCUUUCUUCUUGGAGCGGUUAUGACUGUUGCAACUGGAGUGGAGUAGCCUGUGACAACACCACUAGCCAUGUCAUUAGGCUUGAUGUUCACUACCCAUUGGACCCAUAUGUUUCAUAUCCAGAGAAAAGUAAGGUAAAUCCUUCUUUGUUUGAACUGAAGCAUUUAAAAUACCUGGAUUUAAGCUUCAACAACUUCGACUCAACUCACAUGCCUAGUAUGAUUUCCUCGCUUGUCCAUUUGGAGCAUCUUAACCUUUCCAAUGCCAACUUUAAUGGAUUAAUUCCACAACAACUGGGGAAUCUUUCUAACCUACGCUACCUCAACCUUAGUUGUUGUGAUUAUUGGUAUUCUCCACUAUGGUCAAAUGACCUGAGUUGGCUUUUCCACUUAACUUCUCUAGAAUAUCUAGACAUGAGUUGUGUCAAUCUCUCUACGACAACUAAUUGGCUUCACCAAAUUAAUUAUAAUAGCCUAGAACAACUUGCUUUAUCAAAUUGUGGGCUACAAGAUGCAACAGGAGGAGCUGGCACAGAUAAUUUAUCAAGUAAUCAAAUAGAAGGAAAUAUUUCAGUGAAUGCCACUGGAAAGUUGAAGCAUUUGAAAUUAGAUGGUAAUUCUUUAACAAAAGUUCCACUAAAUAUGGGAAGUCUUUUUCAUCUUGAGUAUCUAGAUUUAUCUUUGAAUCAUAUAACUGAUAUGAUACUUUUGAGCAUGGUCAACCUUAGUUGCUUGGAGCAUUUAGAUUUGCAGGGUAAUCAUAUCACUGGAGAGAUACUUCUGAGCUUGGGCAAUUUUAUCCACUUAAAGUAUUUAGAUUUGUCUCAUAAUCGAAUCACUGGAGAGAUACCUCUGAGCAUGGGCAACCUCACUAGCUUGAUACAUUUGGAUGUGUCAUCUAAUGAGUUUUAUGGAUGUAUACCAGAUGUUUUGGGUAAUCUCAUCAAUUUGGAGGAAUUAGUUCUAUCUGAUAAUAAUAUAUCUUGUCAAAUACCUGGAAACAUGGGCAAACUUCACAACUUAAGGUAUUUUAAUGCAUCAAUGAAUUACUUGAUGGGGCAAAUUCCAAUGAGCUUGGGUGAUCUAUGCAACUUGGAGGAUUUGGAUUUGUCAAAGAAUAAUAUUGGUGGAGAACUAACAAAUCUACUUGAUGGUUUGUCUAAAUGUCCACAAGGAUCCAAGUUACAGUCCUUUGUAGUGAGUCACAAUAACUUCACUGGGUCAAUCUCUACCGGUCUUGGACAAUUAACUCAACUGCAAGACUUGUAUGUCUCAUCAAAUUCAUUACAAGGCAACAUGACAGAUGCUCACUUUUCCCAGCUCACCAACUUAUGGGGUUUGGAUAUAUCUUAUAACUCCUUGAAUUUGAUUUUAUUAGAUGAUUGGCUUCCUCCUUUUCAUGCUUACAAGAUUGAUAUGAGCUAUUGUCAUUUGGGAACUAGAUUUCCUUCUUGGAUUCGAACGCAAACAACUUUGCAAGAAUUAUCUUUAUCUGGAGUUGGACUUUAUGGAAAUAUUCCAAGUUGGUUCUCAGAUUUCAUUUUCAAUAAUUCACAACUUCACCUUGACAUAAGCUCAAAUUUUUUGAAUGGUCAAUUACCUUCUAGUUUAUCUACCUAUAUGGAUCUAUCAAAUAACUCUUUUGAAGGAACAAUUCCAUCGAAUUAUAGAAAUCCGGAAGCUGUUCAAAUAUUAUUGUUGUCUAAUAACCAAAUCAAUGGUUGUUUGCCUGCCUUCUUUUGCAAUUUUAAUAUAUUAAUGGUACUGCACCUAUCCAACAAUUACUUGUCGGGUGAGGUCCCAAAUUGCAAUGGCUCAUAUCCAAUUAGUUUGAACUUCCUUCAUUUGAAUAAUAAUAAUUUGUCAGGACCAUUUCCUUCUGCCUUAAGAAAUUCUGAUGAAUUAGUAAGUCUUGAUCUUGGUGGGAAUAAAUUUUUCGGUGAAAUACCAAAUUGGGUGGGAAGGAGCUUUCCGUUAUUAAAGUUUCUUCGUUUGAGCUCAAACUCAUUCGAUCAUGCUAUUCCUGCAAGUAUAGGAAAUCUUACUUCGCUCCAAGUUUUGGAUCUUUCGUUCAACAAUCUUAUUGGCAGUAUACCUUCCUCUAUCUCAAAUUUCAGUUCUAUGGUUGUGAAGCAAAACUAUACUGAUCUAUUGUAUGCUAGGAGCGACCACCAAGCAAUUUGUGAAUCUUAUGCAAAUCAGUUAUAUCGGUGUGAGGCUGUGGUAAAUAGCUUCAAGGAUAACAUUAUAAUAACUGCAAAAGGGUUAACCAAUGAAUACACUAAUGCUCUUAGUGCAGUGGCAAGCAUAGACUUAUCAAACAAUAAUAUUUCUGGUGAGAUUCCGAAAGAAAUCACGAAGCUGCAUGGAUUGGACUUCCUUAACUUAUCCAACAACCAUUUGAUAGGAAGGAUUCCAGAAAAUCUUGGUGCCAUGAAGGAAUUGGAGUCUCUUGAUUUGUCAAUGAACUAUCUCAUGGGAGAAAUUCCUGUCGAACUAUCUGCUUUAAGCUUUUUAGGAUCCUUGAAUCUCUCUCACAACAAUUUGUCAGGAAGAAUCCCAACAGGCGGUCAAUUGUCAACCUUCAAUGACUCGAUCUAUGUUGGCAAUGAGGGCCUUUGUGGUGUGCCACUUCCAGAAUGUCCCGGUGAUGAAGCUAAUCAUUCACCAUAUCAAGCAGAAGAUGAUGACAAGCUUGAAAGAGUUCUAGAUUAUGCUAUUAUUGUUAUAGGAUUUAUAGUUGGAUUCUGGACAUAUUUGGGCGUAAUAUUCAUUAAAAAGACCGCAAGGAUUACUCUCUUUCGGAUGGUGGACGAUAUGUAUGACUGGAUGUAUGUGCAUCUCUCAUUGACCUUUACAAAGCUGAAGUUGAAAUGGCAAGAAAAGAGUUUAAGCACUUGAAUUUUCGAGGAGUGAAGAGGGAUUGCUUCCCAAUAUAGUUUGUCAUAUUGAGUUGUGAAUGUUAUUGUGUACGAUGAAAGUGUGGUGCGAAAUUGUGGUGCAGGUCACAUGGUGGGGUGAUGUUAUCCUAUAUAUGAUGUAAUUUAAGAUUUUGAACAUCUUUAUGUAAGGGUCAUUUUGGUAAUCAACA